CACCGCCUAGUAUUCACCUCCCCUUGAGGAUUUGUAUCUAAUCAUCACUGGAGUUACAGUAUUAAAACCUUGCUUAUUUAUCAUCCCAGCCCAUUAAUCCUCCUGCAUCUCUUUUUAUUUUCCUUGCUAUUUCCUCCUUAACUGAAAUGGGCUCAUUCAUUUAUUCCAAUCGGCUGGCAUUCCAUCCGUUCGUCCACCUUAAAGGGUCUCAUCUCUUUCCUCUCCCUGUCUCUCCCUUCCUUAUUUAUGUUCAUUUUUUUUCCCUUGUUCUUCUUGCAGUCCAUGGAGAAGAACUCAACCUUGGAUUCCACAUCAUGAUAUGAGAGCCCGAAAGCUGUCCACGUUCGCUUGUUUGGGCUUCCCAAAAACCGAUGAGGCUCCGUGACUGGUGAGUCUCUCUCUCUCUCAUUCUCUCCGUGUCUCUCUCUGCGCGCGCGCGCGCGCGAGUGCAAAAAAUGGACAUUGUUAUGCUUGGAAGUACCAAAGAGGAGGACUUGCUUUCUCCAAUUCCACACCCAUCGCAGCCACGACUUCCUGCUGCUCCACUGCCUUCUAAUUCAGAAACUGAUUCAGGGCACAAGAUCAGUUCCACCAUCUUUCUCGUAAUGUUGUUAUUAGCAGGGAUGGGCUUCCUUGUCGGGCUCUUCCACCUCCUUGUGAAAUACGUCAGAUACGUUCGGAGACCAAAUGACAGGAGCCCAGAAUACAGAGACAAUGCCACAGUUUUGCAAGGCCAACUCCAACAGCUCUUCCACCUCCAUGACUCAGGGGUGGACCAGAGCUUCAUAGAUAGCUUGCCAGUCUUCCCUUACAAAGCCAUCAUAGGCCUCAGGGACCCAUUUGACUGUGCUGUGUGCCUCUGUGAAUUUAAGGCGGACGACAAGCUAAGGCUGCUCCCGAAGUGCAGCCAUGCCUUCCAUUUGGACUGCAUCGAUACUUGGCUCCUGUGCCACUCCACCUGCCCUCUCUGUAGAAGAAACUUGUUGCCGGGAUUCUCUCCGAGCAAUGGCUGCAGUCCUGCUUGUUUUUCUCUCGAGUCCCGGGGUGAGAGCUCAAGAAGAGAGUUUGCUUCUGAUAGAGUGGAGUCAGGGCUAGAGGCGCCCAUGGAUUUUCCUGGAGAAGAUGGUCUUGGGACUUCUAGCCAUGAAUGUUCUCAAAAACCAUGGGAAACAGGGGACAAGGAAGACUUGGGCUCAGCUAUUUCAGAGGCCUCAGAGGAAAAGGUGGUUCCUGUUAAGCUUGGAAAGUUAAAAAAUAUGGAUCUUGUUGCUGGUGGGGGAGAAGGUAGUAGCAGCGGCAGCAAUAAUAUGAACGAAAGAAGGUGUCUUUCUAUGGGAUCAUACAAAUAUGUAGUGGAUGAGAAUUCUCUGCUUCAAGUAGCCAUUAAACCGCAGAAACAAAAGACAUGCAUCACAAAUCCUGAGCAUGGUCGUUCCAUAAGUGCGAGAUUUAAAGAACUCGAUCCACCAAGCAAGUCAGAAUCCAGUGGUUAUGGUGGAAGCGCCAGCAUCAGUGCUAAUGCACACAAGAAGGAGAGCUUCUCUUUUUCAAAGACUUGGCUCCGGUCAAAGAAAGGGAAACUGAUUGCUCAGGACUUUCCAAGGCGGGCAUCCGCUUUUCAGCUGCCACUGUAUCAACCAAGUGCUGUGCCAAGGAUAGAGCGUGGAGGCAGCUCGAGGACGGUGUCGGAAUUUGAUAUUGCAGGGUUGUGGCAGUGAGAUGGGUUUGGAUGUGGAGGUUGGGAGCUGCAAUAACAGUAUAAAGUCUUGGGUGGAGGAGCCACCAUCUUUUUUCAAGAAGGACACUUCUUUGGAUGAUGGGGAGGCAGAGCAAAGUGAUGAACCAUGUUUGAGUUGGAUUAGCUUUUUUAUUUCAUUUAAGAAGAAAACAGCAAUAUACAAAUUCCACACAGAAUUUUUAAACAUAACUUUUGGGUUUUUUUUUCAGUUGAUGAGUGAAUAGCAGGCAUAUUCCUCGAAGACCAAAAAACCGGUGUAAAUUUUAGAUAAGUUUAGAAGUUUCUACUUAUUGUUAUUUCAAAUUCAUGCUCGCUUAUUUUGUUCUUGCCUGGGUUUUUGGAAGGAAUUGUUUGCUUUUGUAUGUUUUUGUCACCGUAAAAUCUUUACUGAAAAAGAAAGUGAUCAAGCUAUGAGGCUCUGGAUUGAAAUGCUCA